CGUUUAGCGUAGGCGCAGUGUGCAUGCAAAUAGCGUGUGCGUUUUCAAUUCGUGUCAUUUCAUCAAACACUUUGGCGUCACCGUCCUGAUUUCUCCGUAAACUCAAACAAAGCUCUUUUAUUCUCUCUCUUUCUCUAUUUGUAUGGUUGCCUCGCACUUGCACCGUUUCUUGUGUCGCUAAUUCUUUCGUUUUCUUCUUUAGUUGUUUUCUUUUUUUUUCUUCUUCUUUUCUAUUUGUUUUCUUUUUUUGAUUAAGAAAAGGAUUAAAUAGUUAGAAAUAUAGGGUUAGAGAUUAACAUUGAAAAUAUUAUAAUGAUGGAUAUGGAAGGUGUAGUAACGGUAGGUGACUUGGCCUCUCUUGAACCGGAAUUGCUACAGUUACCGGAACUGUCACCAUUGGCUCUCAAGGCCAAUCCUUCUCUCGCUGAUCAGCUCUUUUCUCACUGGCUUUCUCUUCCUGAAACUUCCCGUUUGGUGAGAUGUUUGCUUACAAAUAUGAAGACAGGGGCCCCCUUGAAUGCCCUCGAGAGUUCUAAUACUAGCAUCAAUGCAAUUUUGAGCAAUUCAUUACCAUCCAUGUUUGUUGGUAGCAGCACUCCACCGCUUUCACCACGUAGCUCAUCUGUUUCUCCACGUAUUAUGAAACAGAGGACUGGUCCCUCAUCUUUAGGUUCUCCACUUAAACCAGUUGGUGAACCAGUACGAGAAGCCAUACCUCAGUUUUUCUUUAGAAAUGGUCGUCCACCUCCAAGUGAGAUGAUCGAACAAUGCCUAUUUGAAAUUAAUCAGCAGUUUUAUGGUCAUCCAGAUGGGCUGCAAGAACAUGAAUUUAAGUCGAUCACCAAGGGCUUCUGCAAACUUCCUUCUUUUUUCUCCAAAACCCUUUUCAGAAAGAUUGACACUGACAACACUGGCACUGUGACAAGGCAUGCAAUUUCUUCAUUUAUUAGUGCAGCUAUGUUGACUCACUUAUCAGUGGAUCGGUUUAUUGAUUAUUGGUUGAGAGGCAACUUGUUAACUAUGGAUUUGGCAACCAGAAUAUAUACUGUUCUAAAGCAACGAGAUUGUGAAUACCUUACUCAGGAUGAUUUCAAACCUAUUUUACGAGAUCUUUUGGCAUCCCAUCCAGGGUUGGAGUUUUUGCAAAGCACAAUAGAAUUUCAAGAACGAUAUGCUGAGACGGUGACAUACAGAAUAUUUUACUAUGUUAAUAGAUCGGGAAGUGGCCGCCUUACUCUCAAGGAGUUGAGACAUGGGAACCUAAUUGCUGCCAUGCAGCAUGUAGAUGAGGAGGAAGACAUUAAUAAAGUUUUAAGGUACUUUUCUUAUGAGCACUUCUACGUGAUCUACUGCAAAUUUUGGGAGCUUGACACCGACCAUGAUUUUUUUAUUGACAAAGAGAACCUUAUUAGAUAUGGUAACCAUGCUCUUACCUACCGGAUUGUUGAUAGAAUAUUUUCCCAGAUACCAAGAAAAUUUACCAGCAAAGUUGAAGGAAAGAUGGGUUAUGAAGAUUUUGUUUACUUCAUACUGGCAGAGGAGGAUAAAUCUUCUGAACCUGGGCUAGUGUAUUGGUUCAGAUGCAUUGAUAUGGAUGGGAAUGGAGUCCUCACACCAAAUGAAAUGCAAUUCUUUUAUGAAGAGCAAUUGCAUCGGAUGGAAUGCUUGGCUCAAGAGCCAGUGCUCUUUGAGGAUAUCUUGUGCCAGAUUUUUGAUAUGAUUGGACCAGAGAAUGAGGGCUACAUCACACUGCGUGACAUGAAAAAUUCUAAACUCUCUGGAAAUGUUUUCAACAUUCUUUUCAACCUCAAUAAAUUCAUUGCUUUUGAAAGUCGUGAUCCUUUCCUCAUUCGUCAGGAACGGGAAAAUCCAGCUUUGACAGAAUGGGAUCGCUUUGCACAUAGAGAAUACAUUAGGCUUUCUAUGGAAGAUGAUGGUGACGAUGCUUCAAAUGGCAGUCCAGAUAUAUGGGAUGAAUCUUAUGAGGCACCCUUUUGAAAUUAGUAAGGGAAAGUUCAAAAACAUAAAGCAAGUUUGCAUAAGAUGCAUGAUUAUCUUUGAACGAGGGUGCUAUGAUGAGCUCUAUGUUAUCAGCUUCUCUGAUUCAAUGUGGAAGUUACUUAAUCAUUGCUGUCAUCUUGAAGGCUGUGGAGUGUGGACAUCGAUUGAUCUUGCACAACAUUGAAGAAUUAUACUGUGGUUGUGGAAUAUAGAAUACCCAAUGAUCGUAGUUAUCCAGCUAUCUCCAUCCCAACUGUAGUCAGCAGGUAAUGUCUGGGUUUAGCAAGUGCAACUAUUGUGAGUGACAGUUGGGUUGGAUACAGCUUCUAGGAAUACAGAUUAGCAAGAAAGAGUAGAGAACAGUUGGUCGCCAGUGAUAUUUUUUUUCCCUUGUCUAUAAGUAGCUCAAAAUAAUGUGAGCUAAAAUUUUGUUUGUAAAAAAUAAUUAUCACAUAUUUUUGCGGUUGUAUAUCUUUCAUCCCCUUUUCUUGUAG